CAGAGGGCUGGACUAAGGAGGGAAAGUGAAGACCUGACGGACAGGCUUCACAGGGAGCUGUGGUCACUCACACUCUUCCUUACACACUCCCACACACCUUGGAGAGAGGGUCUGCUUCCACCGACUGGCCGAGGUCCCAGAGUAGACUUGAGGGAAAGUUUGAGGCAUUACAGCAAACCUAGAGAAUAGUACUUAGUGGUAGGAAGAAGUGCAGGUGACUUGAAGAUCGGUUAGAAGUUGACAAGAAGUGUUGUUGCCUGCAAGUUGGAGUCAUUGCGCUGUGAUCGUUGGGUGUCUACCGUCAUUCAAGUCUUUUUUUAGUGCUUUAUUUUUACCCUAGGACUGCGUUCUUGCACACCGGGCCACUAGUGUGCAUGCUUCUGCCUACAAGUUAGCUUGUGUGCCUUUCAUCUGAGUCUACUUGAAACCAAGCCAUGGCCGACACCGACUUCAAACUGGAGCGUGCUGUCUUCGCUGAAGUCUCUGAUGACGACGACGAGGAGGUCUCCUUGAUGCCUGCUGCUACCAAACUUGCCACCGUCUCCAAUGUGUUCAAAUCAAAACGAGACGACGACGACGACGAUGACGAUGAUGACUCUGAGGAAGAGGUGGACCUGGUGUUGGGGCCGGGACUCGAUGGAGGCGGCAGCGGUGAGGCCCAGAAGUCCGAGGCCCAGGCUACAGGCAUGAAGGUCCUGGCACUCCUAGACAAGAUCAUAGGUGUGGUGGACCAGAUCCAGCAGACUCAGACCGGUCUGGAGGCCAAGCAGGAGACCAUGGAGAAGAACAUGAGCAGCAUCCAGACGGAGCUGGCCAAGCUGGCUAAAAGUCACGUUGGGACGGCCGGGACGGUCAACAAGCUCCUGGACAAGGUGCGAAAGGUGAACGUCAAUGUGAAGAGUGUGCGCACGGACCUGGAGAAGCAAGCGGGACAGAUCAAAAAACUGGAGAACAAUGAACACGAGCUUCUCAAGAGGAAGAACUUCAAAGUGCUUAUCUUCCAGGACAAGGUGAAACCUGUGAAGGUCUCUAAGAAGCCAGUGGCUGCAGGAGAGGAAGGAGAGCAGGUGCUGAGUGAAGGAGCAGAGGAAGAGCGUGGCUCUGAGGACGAAGUUGAGGUUGAGGAGAUCAUAGAGGAAUCUCGUGCUGAGCGCAUCAAACGCAGCGGCCUCCAGAAGGUGGACAGGCUGAAGAUGGCUUUCAGCAAGGAGCAGAUGGAGAAGACCAGACAGAAGACCAAGGAGAACCUGGAGAAAACCCGACUGAGAACUAAAGAGAACCUGGAGAAGACACGCCAGAGAACCCGAGAGAACCUUGAGAAGACCAAGAUGAGCCUGGGGAAGAAGAUGGGUAAGCUAGGAACAAAGAUGACGCCUAACACCGAACGCCGCGAGAAGAUCCGCAGCUCCAGAGAGAAGAUGAAGAAGUCACUGAAGCCUGACCACCCCAUCUACGCCCGCUCCAAAUCAUCCACCUACCGCGUCCCGCCCUUCACCUUCCACGUCAAGAAGGUCCGUGAGGGUGAGAUCGAACCCACACCAGAACCAGAGGAAGAGGACGAGGACGAGCAGGUGGAGCAGAAUGAGGAGGUCCAGGAGGAAGGGGGCCUAGUGUCAAGGGUGGAGGAAGGUGAACUGGUCAGUCUUGAUAGCCCAGAGAUGGAGGCUUUACUAGAGGCAGCGGAUCAAUCUCGUCUGGUGUUCCAGGAGACGGUGAGGCCGAGGGAGAAGGCCAGCCAGUGAGUCCAACACGCUGAGCCCUGGAAAGCUCAACAUGGGAAAAUCAUGUGGAAGUCUGGAGAUAAAUAAGGCUAAAAGGAUGUAGGGAACUGAGAUGUGCUUGAGGACGGGUUAAAGGAGUCGACUGGACCUUUGGCUGAACAUUUAGUUUGUUUGUUUGUUUGAUUGUUUCUUAUUAUCUUCUCAACCACAAGGUUGUUGUUGUUGACGUUUUUUUUUUUUUCAGCUGUCAAUUUUUAAAUCAACUACUGAUCAUUUUGUGUCUAGAUCCGAAUGAUACUAAAAAAAGAUCAAAUUAUUUUUUAUGUGAUUACACUUAAUCUACGUUUAAAAUCUUACAAAUAAAAGAAUGUUAUAGUAUUUUCAGGAGAGAUGGAUGUGAGGAGGUUUGCACUCCACAAGAAUAUUUUCACAAACACUCUCAUGGCAUUUAAUUAGACGUUUAAUAUUAACUCGUGCAUUUCUAAUCAAGGCUACCGGAUUGCAGCCAGAUAUUGCCAAUAUAUACUUAUAUUAAAGUGCCUAUAUUUAAUGAACACCUUGUGUUCUUUGUACUAUGGCUGCUGAUUUCAACAGGAUAAAUGAAUAGCAGGGCUUAUGCAUCUUUUUGAAUAUCUGGGCUUUGUUUUAAUGCCAUGAAGGAACAGUUGGAAGAAAGAAAGAAAGAAAGAAUUGCAAAAAACUACUGCUGACCGAAUGUUUUUCUUUUAAAGCUGAAGGUUUUAAUAAUGUACUUAUGGCGAGUUGUUUUGUGGUCUAAUCACUGGCUUGAAUGUGAUCCAAACUCUGACUCAACUUUGCUUCAGUUUGCACCUACAGAUGGCAUAAUCUGAUCUGUGAUCUAUGAUCUAUGUAAACAAGAAGCUCUCACAAACCUGUAAGAUCACGCUGAAUAUCAGUCCCUGAAAAGGUUCCUUUUCAGCAUUCAGUUUUAUUCAUUCUGAAGUAAAUUCAUUUGACUGUUUACCUUGUUUGUACAUAUACACUUUAACAUGCUUAAAGUACACAUAAUUACAGUAUUAGGUGAACAGGGACCUACUCAAUGAAAAAGUAGUGCUGAUUGUGUAGUCCAGCUCACUGAAGUAAAUAGAAACACAUCAUAGUUCUUUCCUGUCUGGGUAUAUUCACCUCAAUUACUGAUCUUUCAUUGUACUUUAAGUGUGUUCAUGUUAAACAGUUGGCCUACAUUAUUUCAUAUAGCUUGAGUAGACUAAUUUUGACAAACAACACAUUUUGUAUCACUAUUAUGAACAUAUGCAGUUACUGCAGGCACACAUGGGCAAUAGUUUUGUGUGUGAAGGUCUGAAUGAAGCUGCUUAUGGCUUUGCUGUUGAGAUUUGUGGCUGUAUAAAUGGAUUUUAGGUGUAGGUUGCUUUUAAUAAACAAAUACAAGUGUC